AUGUCAUCCUUCAACGCAAGAGACGAAUCAAAGAGAACAACAAUCAUCGACGGCAAGACAUACGACGAAGAACGUGCUCUCUACAACCUUACAGACGCGAAAGUCAUCAACUGUCGCUUUGCAGGUCCAGCAGAUGGCGAGAGUGCACUUAAAGAGGCUCGCAACUUCUUACUUAAGGACAGUUCUUUCUCUCUCAGAUACCCACUCUGGCACUGUGAUGGUUACGAGCUUGUUAACGUCAAGAUGGACGAGUUGACACGCGCCCCAAUGUGGUACUCAAAGAACGGUCGCCUCGAGAACUGCAACAUCAACAGCAUUAAGAUCAUGCGUGAGUGCGAGAACAUCGACAUUGUGGACAGCACCAUUGUUUCGCACGAGUGCGGCUGGGAGAGCAAAGGCAUCAACAUCAAGAACAGUAAGCUCACAUGCGACUACUUCCUUAUGCACGGCAGUGACAUUGUUGCCGACAACAUGGUUUCCAACGGCAAGUACAUCUUCCAGUAUGCUAAGAACAUCAAACUCUCUAACUGCGACAUUGUUUCUAAAGACUGCUUCUGGCAUGCUGACAACGUUGUUGUCCGCGACAGCAUCCUCCGCGGCGAGUACCUCGCAUGGUUCUCAAACAACGUCACACUCAUCAACUGCACAAUCGAAGGUGUCCAGCCAUUCUGCUACUGCAAGAAUUUGAAGCUCGUCAACUGCAAGAUGGUUGGUACAAACUGGUCAUUCGAGUACUCAGAGAACAUCGACGCCGAUGUUGUUGGUGAUAUCAUGAGCAUUCGCAAUCCUAAGAGCGGCAAGAUUGUAUGCGACAGUGUUGGUGAAGUUGACAACGGCCACCGCGUGAUGACAUGCAACGCAUCAAUCAUCAUCCGCGGCACAUCACAAAAGACUUCAACAGAAGUUUCAACUUCAUCAGCCGAAGUUGAACAACAAAGCAACGAAGACGACAAAGUCUCUUGUACAACAGCAUCUCUUUAA